AUGCUAAAAAUGCCGAAAUUCGGCGGCCAUGUGGCACGAUUUUCUGAUUUCAUAGAUCAGACCACAACCAUGCUUGGCUUCACAGAGAAUCUGUCCGGUGCGUGGCAACUCGUACGAAAAACUGGACGAAUUCACGUCAAGCUAAAUUUUCUCGAGCAAAACCAGAACCAAUUCGAGAAGAACUAUUUUGACGUGGUGCUCAGCACGUUCGUCGAGAACUUCAUACCGUAUCUCACUGGAGAAAAGGUCAUGCCAGUUCCGGAAGGUACCGAAAAGAAGAAAGUGCGUUUUGCCCAAACUUAUGCUCCAGCGCAGAUUACAGAUGUAUGGAAAAGGUUCUUCAGUUUGAUUUCUGCUCAAAUGACAGACGCAUUCGAGCUAGAGCGAACAAAACAGCGAAAUGCUCAAAGCCAAAAAACACUCGCUCCUCAUCAACAUGUGGAGGAAUCUGAAAGGAAAAAGAAACGAAUACAGGUA